UGAAGGAUCAGAGGGAGCCUAUGGAGGUGGUCUGGCGGCUCCACAACCCUGGAAUCGCUCCCAGACCCUCCCAGGGCACCUAUUCCCGAGGUGUUUCCCUGCGGGAUCUCAGGGACGAUCCCCUCCAGGCGCCGUUUCCCCCCCCGGGUUCUGGGAAGGGGGCGGUGGGUGGGAGCCCCCCGGGACGCUCCCGCUGGCUCUGCAUCCCGGGAAAGCCCCGUUUCCAGGCGCCUUUUCCCCGUCCCCAAGGGCCCGGCGGGAGCCUUGGCAGGGCUGCGCCCGGCGUCGCUCCCGUUAAUCCGGGCACUGAUCCCGCCUGAUGCCGCAGGGUCGGGGGUCACCGGCAGCCCCCGCCAUAACUGCUCAGCAUCCUCGCCGCCGCUUCUCCUGCCCGCUCCCCCCCCCCCCAAUUAUUACACCCCGGAGAGAGAGCUAAUUAACACGCCGGCGGGUGCCCCGCGAUGCUCCGCGUCCCACGGGCUGCGGCGGGAGGCGGCUCCGCUCCUCCCCGUCUCUCCCUCCGCUGAGUCUUUUUUUCUUCCCCCCCCCCUCUCCGCGAGCGCGGAGCCGCUCCGAGGAGCAGGAAUGGAGCGGGAAUUGCCCCGGAGCAAAGCCCGGCUGCCCUCGCUGCUCCUGGCGCUGCUGGGGCUCGGCCCAGAGCUGCUCUUCGGCCAAGCCCGGGCGCAGCCCCAGCAGGUCAACGGCGUCCUGGGGGGGUCGGUGCUGCUCUCCCCGGCUCUGCCCCCCAACAAGACGGUGAAGGAGAUCGAGUGGAGCUUCUCCGCCGGCACCGGGGCCAUGAUCCAGGUGGCGGAGUUCAGCCGCGGCGGGUUCGAGCGCCCCGAUCCCAGGGAUCGCUUCGGGAAGCGGCUGGAGAGGUACAACGAGACGGCGCUGAGGAUCCGGGCCCUGGAGAGGGGCGACAGCGGCGUCUACGGGGCGAGGAUUAAACUGCACCCGGCGCUGGUGGAGGAUCAAACCUUCAACCUCUCCGUCUACGGUGGCCUCCAGAUUAUCCCUGUCCCAGCCUCCAGAUUAUCCCUGUCCCCACCAGGUGCUGCGACCCCUCAGACCCGGCAGGUGAACGGUGUCCUGGGGGGGUCCGCGCUGCUCUCCCUGGAUCUGCCCCCCGACAAGAAGGUGAAGGCGAUCGAGUGGACAUUUUUAGAUGUCAGCAGUGUCAAGAUCUUGGUGGGCGAGUUCAGCCACAGUGGACCCGAGCGCUCCGACCCCCAGGAUCGAUUCGGGGACCGGCUGGAGAUGAACAAGACGGCGCUGAGGAUCGGGACCCUGGAGAGGGGCGACAGCGGCCUCUACGAGGCUCGGAUUAAACUGCCCCCGGCGAUCGUGGAGACACAGCUCUUCGCCCUCUCCGUCUACGAUCCGGUGCCGGAGCCGCAGAUCCAGGGGCAGCGGCUCUCCCUCACCCCCCGGGAGUGCAACCUCACCCUGCGGUGCCAGGCGCCCCCGGGCAGCAAUGCCGCGGUCACCUGGCAGCUCGGCGGCUCUCUGGGGGUGCCACAGGCACAGCUCUGCGGGGACAACCAGACCCUGUGCCUGGCCCUGCCCGUCGUUGCCUUCAACUCCACCUACACCUGCCUGGCCCGGAAUCCCGCCCAGGAGCGGAGUGUCUCCGUCCACCUGGACACCCUGUGCCAGCAGCAGGACACGGGGGCCUGUCAGAGGAGACACGUGUGCCUGGUGCUGGUGGCCGUGGGCAUUUUGGCCCUGCUUGGCAUCGCCUGGAUCUGGAGGAGGAGGAGGAGGAGGAGGAGGAAGAAGUCUGAGGGAGGGUUGUCAGGCACUGGAAGGGAACAGGGACAAGAGGAAACGGCCUCGGGCUGCCCCAGGAGAGGUUCAGGUGCCCUCUCCCCCCUCUCCAGCGAGGAUCCCCCACCAGAGCUCUUGUACUCCGAGAUCCAGAGUAGAAACUCCCUGGAGCCUCGGGAGUGGCAGGACGGGCCCAGGACCAUCUACUGCGAGGUGCAGGCGAAGGUGUGACCUGGAGAGUCCCAGGUGAGUCCCAGCAGGACCCCCGGAGCAGGAUGGGACCACCGACCCCCCCGUGUGACACCGGGGCUGACGGACACCCGAGUCCCCCUGAGGUGUCACCUCCUGUCCCCACCCGUGCUCUGGGAGCAGGGCUGGCCUGGGGGGGCUCCCUCAUCCCCCCCCCCGUGUUUUGG